UAGAGUUAACCAUUUCCGUGAACAAGAGAUCAAUCUCAUUUUCCCGCCUCUGCACGCAGCCGCCUUUGGAACCCGCCCUUUUUGUUGACACAAACCCAAUACACCAAGCAUUGAACUAAGACUACUUCCACCACACCUCCCAGUAAAUUAAGGACAACAAAAGGAACGUCCACCUGUAGCACAUCCUCAGCCGAAGAGAGAAACAAAGCCAACAAUGAAAGUAGAAACUCCACAAAUCCUGUGGAAUUCUGAACAGAAGAAAAUCAAUGCUGCCUUGAAUUCUAUUUCGAUGUUGGAGAGUGGCUUGUCAGAUGAUCAUGGCGACAACAAUGCUGUGGAGCGAAAGUAUGGCAAUGUGUUGGUCACGGCUGGGAAUGGCAACAUAAUCAAUCUAUGGAAACUGUGCUUUGCCUCUUCUUCUUCCACAAACAACGAAAACACUUCCUCUGCCACUUCUUCUCCUUCUGACGACACUUUUUCCAAACAAAGCACCAAGAUUGAGUAUCUGUGCAGCCUGACACGACAAGAGCUGUCUGUCAAUACAGUUGCCUUUAGUCCAGACGGUUUGCAUCUCGCGACAGGAGGAGAAUCUGGCUCGAUUGUCAUUUGGUCUGUCCCUCCCAAUAGGCGUGGAAAUGGUAAUGGCCGCCACCAUUGGAGUCUCGUUGAGAACGAAAAUGAGUUGAGUGUCAGCAUUAUUGGUGGACAUCGAGGAGGGAUUUGCCAUAUUUCAUGGAGUGCCGACUCGAAACGAUUCAUUGCAGGGACCAUUGAUCACGCUGUUCUCGUUUACGAAGACAAGAACUACAACAAUAAUCAAAAAGCUAUCAGCGAAAACAAAGUGCCCGAGAAAAGCCAAUGGGAUUUGGAAUACCAAAACUGUAUGGACCAUACACUCUUUGUCCAGGGGGUUGCCUAUGAUCCACUGGGGGUAUAUCUGGCCAGCAUGGGAAGUGAUCGGGCAGUGCGGAUCUUUCCACGCAAGACACCCUCGAAGGCCAAGAAGACGAUUCUGAGGCCCUCCAAUGAUGUUGCUGCAGACUGCUGUCCGCCGGUGGAGCAUCAACGAUUGGUCAAACAGAUACUUGCUGACUCAAAAUUAGAACUGGGAAAGUCCAAGCAAAUCAAAUUCCAUCAGCUAACACAGAACAGCAACAACAAUGACAUGGAACAUCAGGACAAGAAACAACAACGUCGCCACUUGUAUGCGGAUGAAGCCACACACAACUCCUCCUUUCGACGCCUGGCAUGGACCACAGAUGGAGCCUACUUGGUCACCCCAGCAGCAGUUUGGCAUGCUGCCAAGGGAGAUUCAGAUUCCAAUGACAAGAAUCAAACUUCCUUUGCUACCUAUCUCUUUGCACGGCAUCGAUUUGAUGAACCCUACAAGGUUCUUUAUGGGUUGGAAAAACCUUCGGUGGUAGUUCGACCAAGUCCGGUUCUGUACAAAUUGCCAACUUCAGGUGUUGCCACAGAGUCACCCCUUAAGGCCAACUGCAAGGAAAAUGCAGCUUGUUUGAGCAGAAACCGUGGCCUGCCCUACCGUAGUGUGUUUGCGGUCUUGACCACUGACAGCAUUCUGGUGUACGACACUCACCACACUCGGCCUCUUUCUGUGGUGCGCGGUUUGCACUUUGCCAGCUUCAGCGACUGCGAUUGGUCCAAUGAUGGCACAAAGCUGGUCGUUUCUAGCCUGGAUGGAUACAUUUCCAUUAUUUCCUUUGAGAAUGGUGAAUUUGGAGAAGUUUACACACCGGUGGGUGCUUUGGAAGCAUCUCCACUGUCGACCUCUCCCGCUACCACCACCAAUCCAUUGCAAGCUCAGGGCUCCAACAUCAAACCCACCGUCCUCAUCCAGCAGAGCAGCUUGGAAACUCCCUCGAUUCCUCCGUGUGAACACGGACAAAACGUAACCGUAGAGGCACCUCCUUCCAAACGUGCCAAAAAGACACGAAUUACUCCCACGCUCAUGACUCCCAUUGAAGCCACCACCAACAGCACGACCGUGACAACCAGCUUUGCAGCAGCUAGUUCACCAGAAGAUACUGGGAGAUGUUCGGAGACUGCACCCACUUCUUCCCACACGAAACGAUCUGCUGAUGACAUUUUGGAGCAUGAAUCUCACACCAAGUUGACGUUGAGCAACGACAAGAAACCCAAAAAGAAGAAACGAAUUCAACCUCUACUCGUGUCGGCGGGCAACACAUAAGUGUUCUCUUGAUUGGGCUCUCUACUUCUCACAUAAGUGUUCUCUUGAUUGGGCUCUCUACUUCUCGAGGUGGGUGGGUUGGUGAUCCUAGUAUCUUGUAGCUGCUACUGGUAGUGACUCCUUGUUUGUGUGUAUGGAUUGGGCACCAGGCGCUAGCUAGUAUGCAUAUGUGAUACCAUCAGAAAAUUGAAAUCAGCAGAGGCAUUGUCCUAUUGCAUUUCCUGCAAGCAAUCCAUUUCUAAGCUACCUCGGAGUUCACCAUACUAGCUACAUGUAGCCACAUUAGUAGACAGGAGUUGAGUACAA